AUGGCAGAGACUGUGUCGUCGAAUAUCCAUGUCGGUUAUGUCAGCCUCAAAGACAACGCAAGGGCCCAUAUCGGGAACGUGGUGCAUAUCCACCAGGCUGAAGACCGUUGCCUUCCUGACCUACGAAACACCGACCCCCGCGACGAUAAAGCUCGCAUUGAGGCGAUAAAAGGCGGCCUAUUGGAAGACUCAUACCGUUGGAUCCUCCAGCAUAGCGAUUUCCAACAAUGGCUCAACGACAAACACAGUCGCCUGCUCUGGAUCAGAGGCGAUCCCGGCAAGGGCAAGACAAUGCUGCUCUGCGGCAUUGUGAACGAGUUGAACAAGAUCGACGCACAGCUUUCCUACUUCUUCUGCCAGGCAUCUGAUGAGCGUAUUAAUAGCGCCACGGCUGUGUUGCGAGGCCUCAUCUACUUGAUCGUGGAUCAGCAGCCAUCACUUCUCUCACAUGUGCAAAAGAAAUACAAGGAUGUGGGAGAUGCACUUUUCAAGGAUGUAAAUGCAUGGAGUGCAUUGUCAGAGAUCUUCUUGAAUAUUUUGAAAGACCUGGACGCAAGCGUGCAGCAGACUUACAUAGUCAUCGAUGCACUUGACGAGUGUGUCACUGAUCUACCAAAGCUGCUUGACUUCAUCGCCAUAAAGUCUGCCGUCUUUUCUCACGUCAAGUGGAUAGUGUCUAGUCGCAACUGGCCAGACAUCGAAGAGCACCUUGCUAUCACUCAGCAAAUAAGCCUCCGUUUAGAGCUCAAUGAAGACUCCAUCUCUGCAGCCGUUAAUGCGUACAUUAAGCACCAAGUUGAGUGGUUAGCGCAGAAGAAGCGGUAUAGUGAAACUACAAAGGAUGCCGUUCGGCAGCACUUAUUGUCCAAUUCUAAUGACACGUUUCUCUGGGUGGCCUUGGUGUGCCAGAAUCUAGAGAAGAUGACGUUGAAGAAUACCAUCCAACAGCUACAUGAAUUUCCGCCCGGACUCGAUUCAUUAUACAAAAGGAUGAUGCAGCAAAUACACAACUUGGAGGAUGCCAGCGAUGUUCAAUUUUGCUGUCAAAUUCUUGCAACUGUGUUGCAUGUCUAUCGACCUAUAACAGUAGCUGAGCUCGGCAUCCUCAUUAAGUGUCCAGAUGCCGAGUUAAUCCACAAGGCCAUAGGAUUUUGCGGUUCAUUCCUCGCUGUGCGAGACAACCAGGUUUAUAUUAUUCACCAGUCGGCUAAAGACUACUUGAGUGGCGAUGCAGCGUCUACCUUGCUCCCUAGCCCUGCCAUCAUUCACGGCGUCAUUCUCUCACAGUCAGUGCAAGCUAUGUCCGUUACGUUACGACGGAACAUCUAUAAUCUCAAUUCUCCUAGUCUCUCAACCAACGAGAUCAAGGCACCAGAUCCGGAUUCGUUAGAAGCUAUACGCUAUUCCUCUAUUUACUGGAUUGACCAUUUCUGUGAUAUAUAUAAUCAUAAUGAUGGCCAAUCUCAGAAACAGGUUGAUGAUGAAAAGUGCCAGUUGGUUCUUUCAUUCUUUCGAAAGUACUUCCUCUACUGGCUCGAAGCUUUAGGUCUUCUGGGGCACAUAGAAGAUAGUGUUCUUUCAACCAUAAGGCUAGGGAGUCUACUGAAGGAACAAUCGUCAAACAAUCAGUCUCAAGAGCCAAUUCAAGCUACAGGGCGGCUUCACUCUUUACGAUCAAGAUUUAAGAGCCUAUCAGUAGGAAACCUGCCGGGCCGUCAAUCUCCAGACUACCGCACGCAGUUACUGGAAUUUAUAAAAGACUCACAGAGGUUUAUAUGGCGGAAUAGUUCACUCAUUGCAAAUAAUCCACUCCAAGUCUAUACAUCAGCGCUUAUUUUCAGCCCCUUAAACAGCUUGAUACGAAGACUAUUCCAAGAGGAGGAGCCACAAUGGGUGAACAUUACUCCUACAGUUGAAUAUAACUGGAGCCCCUACUUACAGACUCUGCGGGGCCACGACCAUUGGGUCAGAGCGGUUGCUUUCUCACCAGAUGGUCGUUAUAUCGCCUCAGGGUCAGAGAACAAAAUCAUAAAGAUCUGGGAUGCAACAACGGGGAAAGAGCAGCACACCAUUCAAGGCCACAAACGCGCAAUUGCAUCACUUGCCUUUUCGCCAGACGGCCGCUACCUUGCAUCUGGCUCAGAAGAUAAAACUGUAAAGCUCUGGGAUACAACAACAGGAAAAGAGCAACGAACCAUUCACGACGGCUUAGGCUGUUUAGUUACAUCGGUUGCCUUCUCAUCAGAUGGCCGCUAUCUUGCAUCAGGGUUAGGCGAUGGGACUAUAAAGGUGUGGAAUGCCAAAACGGGCGAAAAACACCAAACACUUCGAGGUCACACACGUUCAGUUACAUCAGUCGCAUUUUCAUCAGAUAAUCACAACCUUGCCUCCGGGUCAGAGGAUAGAACAAUAAGGAUCUGGAAUGCGAUGACGGGCAGAGAGCAGACAAUACUUCAAGGCCAUGAACGUUUAGUUACAUCAGUUGCCUUUUCGCCGGAUGGCCGAUAUCUCGCAUCAGGAUCAGAGGACAAGACUAUCCACAUCUGGAAUAUGAAAACAGCCAGUGUUCAUCAAGUCCUACAAGGUCAUAGCGAUACAGUUGCAUCAGUUGUCUUCUCAGCAACUGGCCUCUAUCUCGCUUCAGCAUCAAAGGAUAAGACUAUUAAACUAUGGGAUAUAACAAAAGGCACAACACAAAGCUAUCAGGGUCAUAGCCGUGCAAUUAACUCGAUUGCUUUCUCAGCUGGUGGCUACAUUGCGUCGGGAUCCGAUGAUACAACUGUAAAGAUCUGGGAUACAACGGGCAAAGAGCAACAAAUCGCGCAUAGUGAUACUUCACUAAUUUCUUUCUCACCAAAUGGCCGCUAUUUUGUGACAGCAACACGGGAAAAAAAUCUCAGCACAUGCACUUUAAACUUUUGGGACACAAUAGGCAAUAAUCGGUAUAUCCUUGGAAGCCAUGGCAACUGGAUUGACUCGGUUGCCUUUUCAGCAGAUGGACGCUCUCUCGCCUCCAGAUCGGCUGAUACUAUAAAAAUCUGGGAUGUAAGAGGCAAAGAGCGACUGACGCUGGAGGGACACAGUGCUACAGUCAUGUCAAUUGCUUUCUCAGCGGAUGGCAGAUACCUCGUCUCAGGGUCAUUUGACAAGACUGUGAAACUUUGGGAUUUGGCAACAGGCCAAGAGCAGCAAACCUUUCGAGGUCAUGUCUACGCAGUUUGGUCAGUUGCCUUUUCUGCGGAUGGCUGCUACAUCGCUUCAGGCUCAUACGACUAUACUAUAAAGAUCUGGGAUGUAAGAGGCGAAGAGCGAAUGACCCUAAAGGGUCACAGUGAUAUAAUCACUUCAGUCGCUUUUUCAUUAGAUGGCCGUUACCUCGCCUCAGGGUCGUAUGACAAGACUAUAAGAAUCUGGGAUACGGCAACGGGCAAAGAGCUGCAGGUACUUGAGAUUGGCACUGAGGUGCAUACUACAUCCUUUGAUGUUACAGCCUCGUGCCUUUACACUGAAAUCGGCCUGAUAAAAUAUAAUAAGGAACAUGGUAUUAAGGCCCAACCUAUGAUGGCAACUCAGUGUCUUUCUCCAGAUUCAGAUCCGGCCAAGGGCCAGCAUCAACGCCAACCCAGUACUGACAAUACUCAAAAGGCAAACUACAAGUAUGUUGGCUAUGGAAUAAGCACCGACAAGUGUUGGAUCACAUGGAAUGGGCAGAAUAUACUGUGGCUUCCGCCAGACUACCAGCCUUCCUCCGAGUCGGCUAUCGGUGGCUAUGGACCACACAAUCUUACGUCGCCAGAGGAGCCGUUGGCAGAUAUUAAAAUUGCAAUGCGUAAUGAUUCAGGAAGGGUGACGAUGGUUAGAAUGCCUAGGUCGGGGCCAUAUCCCUCAGUAUAG